GCGCUGCCGAGGGGGCGCCCGCGGCCCCCUGCGCUGCCCACUCGCCCCCGGCGCCGCCGCUUCGCCGGUGCAUGGAUGCGCCAUGGCCACGCUGGUGUGCCGGGUGCAGUUCCUGGAUGACACCGACCCUUUCAACAGCACCAACUUCCCCGAGCCCACCCGGCCGCCGCUCUACACCUUCCGCGAGGACAUCCCGCUCGGCACGCAGCUGGCCGGCGUGCACCGCCUGCUCCGCGCCCCGCAGAAGCUUGAUGACUGCACUCUUCAAUUGUCUCACAAUGGUACCUAUCUGGACUUAGAAUCCACUCUAGCAGAACAAAGAGAUGAAUUGGAGGGCUUCCAGGAAGAUGCUGGGAGGGGCAAGAAGCACAGCAUAAUUCUGAGGACCCAGCUGUCAGUGAGAGUCCAUGCCUGUAUUGAAAAACUUUACAAUUCCAAUGGACGGGAGCUGAGACGAGCACUUUUCUCAUUGAAGCAAAUAUUUCAGGAUGACAAGGACUUGGUUCAUGAGUUCGUUAUCGCUGAAGGCUUGACUUGCCUAAUCAAAGUAGGAGCAGAAGCAGACCAGAAUUAUCAGAACUACAUCCUGAGAGCCUUGGGCCAGAUUAUGCUCUAUGUUGAUGGCAUGAAUGGAGUAAUAAACCAUAAUGAAACCAUCCAAUGGCUGUACACACUUAUUGGGUCAAAGUUCCGCCUGGUAGUAAAGACAGCAUUGAAGCUGCUGCUGGUGUUUGUCGAGUACACUGAAUCCAAUGCACCGCUAUUAAUCCAGGCAGUAUCUACAGUUGAUGAAAAGAGAGGAGCCAAGCCUUGGGCGAACAUCAUGGAGAUUCUGGAGGAGAAAGAUGGGGUUGAUACUGAACUACUGGUUUAUGCAAUGACUUUGGUUAACAAGACGCUGUCGGGGUUGCCAGAUCAAGACUCUUUCUACGAUGUGGUGGACUGUCUCGAAGAGCUGGGCAUUGAAGCGAUUUCGCAGAGACACUUGAACAAGAAAGGAACAGACUUGGACUUAGUUGAACAAUUUAACAUUUAUGAGAUGACCCUGAGGCAUGAGGAUGGCGAUGAGACCACUGACCCCCCUCCCAGUGGACGCAAGGACAGAAGAAGGGCCAGUCUGGGUGGCAGUGAGCGAAGGGGCCUGGAGCGCCGGCGGAGCCGCAGGCACUCGGUACAGAACGUGAAAAGCACUUUAUCAGCACCCGCAAGUCCAUGCAGUCAGUCAAACCCCAGCUUCAUGCUAGGUCAUGGACAGCGCGUGGAAGAUCUCAGUGAGAGAGAGGAGGAGGAGUAUGAAGAAGAGGAAGAAGAACAGCCAGUCACAGAACCCAAUACUGAGGAUGAGGGGGAGGAAGAGACCAGUAGGCAGGUCAAAGCCAGUGGGGUCCCAGGUGCACAGGAAGCUGUGAAAGAAAACUUUUCACAGUGUUGUGAUUCUUCAGCCACCUCCAGUGCCAUUUCUCAAGCUGAGAGGCCUCUCCCCUGCUCUAGAGCAAAGAGCUCUUCUAGCAGCACCUCUUUUGUGCCUGAUUCAUCUGUCUCUCAUCAUAAUUCUAUUCUUUCACCACCAUCUUCACCAGCAGCAGUUUUGCUAAGCUCUUCCCAAAAUUCAUCAGCAUCCAUUACUCCAAAGGCAUCUCCAACGGUAGAGAAAUUGCCCUAUGUACCACAUACUCCUUUUCACCUCUUCUCAUAUGACUUUGAAGAGUCUCCAGCAUCUGUGAAAGAAAAGGAAGCAGAGGUGAUGAGGGAAAACAGAUACAAUAGCUAUGGCAGCAACUCUUACUCUUCUCUGCGACACUCUGGUUUGAGUGCUCCUACAACACCCACUUCUCGUUAUGGGACAACUCUCUCACCACCUCAGGAGUCCAAGUCUGACAGGCCAGCUUUGGGUGGUCUCCUUACAUCAUCUUUCCGGCAGCACCAGGAGUCCUUGGCAGCAGAAAGAGAAAGACGACGUCAAGAGAGAGAAGAAAGGUUGCAGAGGAUAGAACGUGAAGAAAGAAACAAAUUCAACCGUGAUUAUUUAGACAAAAGAGAAGAACUCAGACAAGCAAGAGAAGAGAGAUACAAAUACUUGGAGAGAUUGGCUGCUGAGGAAUAUGAGAAGGAGCUGAAGAGUCGAAGUGUAAGCCGAGGCAGAAGUGAGCUGUCCUUGAACCUGAAAUCUCCUUCAGCCCCAUCCUCACCUGUAUCCAAGUGCGUCAGCCCAGCAUCCAUAGAGUCCCAGGAAGAGCUGAAGAUCCCCUCUACCCCCUGUGGUACUCCACAGCACUCAGAAGUGAGUGCCAGUGAACCCGAACCAGAGACAGAGACAGAACCAGAAGCAGAGCAGGAGACUGAGGCAGAGCCUGAGCAGGGAACGGAGACACCCAAGGAAAUAGAGGCUACAGAGGUGGGACCAGAGAGUGAGGUGGAGCAAGGACCAGAGAGAGAGCCAGAAGAAAGUGCAAUACUCAGUGAAAAAGAGAGGCAGAAUGAGGAAGUGAAUGAAAAAGACAACUGCUCUGCAUCCAGCAUAUCCUCAGCAAGCAGCACUUUAGAGAGGGAAGAGAGAGAGGACAAGUUAACCAGUGACAAUGAAACUGGUCCAUGGUCCCAGACCAUUCAGGAUGCUGGCGUGAAUGAGCAGUGCAGCAACAUCCUCAACAACAAGCGGUUUAUGCUGGACAUGCUGUAUGCGCAUAACAAAAAGCCCAAGGAUGAAGAGGAGAAGGAGCUGGAGGCGAAGGAGGAAAAGAAGGAGACGGAGGAAAGUGAGGAGUCCCUCACUAGUCUAGCCAGUAGGAUCUCUAUCCUUCAGGCCACAAAGCAGGCCAAAGAUGAAAGUGUCAAAAAGAUGGAGAUUGGAAACCUGGACAACCAAGGCAGCGUGAAAGCCUUUGCGGAAAAAUUCAAUAGUGGUGAGUUGGCCAAGGGGACAGCCUUGCCUGAAGAUGAAAUCAGUGAACAGGUCCCUGAGAAAACACCAGCGCAACCAAAGAAGGAAUCUGACUACAUCUGGGAUCAACUCAUGGCUAAUCCUAGAGAACUUAAAAUCAAAGACAUGGAUUUUACAGACUUGGGGGAGGAGGAUGAUGUAGAUGUGUUGGACAUGGAUAUGGGUCCUGGGGACUCCCUUGUUCCCCCUCCUCCGCCUCCACCUUCUUUCCUGGGUUUGCCUCCUCCACCACCUCCCCCACUGUUUGGAUGUCCGCCUCCACCUCCACCCUCUGCUAAUUUAUUGGCUCCUCCUCCGCUGUUCAGCACUCCUCAGGGUUUAGGGUCACCCCAGGUUUCUAGGGGUCAGCCAGCAUUUAUAAAGAAGAAGAAAACCAUCCGUCUGUUUUGGAACGAGGUACGGCCAUUUGAGUGGCAGUGUAAAAACAACAAACGCUGCAGAGAAUUCCUGUGGUCGAAACUGGAACCCAUUAAGGUAGACACUUCCAAACUGGAGCAUCUCUUUGAGUCGAAGUCCAAGGAACUGCCUGUCACAAAGAAAACUGCUGCAGAUGGGAAGCGACAGGAAAUCAUUGUACUGGACUCAAAACGAAGCAAUGCUAUUAAUAUUGGCUUGACUGUGCUACCCCCUCCACGAACUAUCAAGACUGCUAUUCUGAAUUUCGACGAAUAUGCCUUAAACAAGGAAGGAAUAGAGAAAAUUUUGACCAUGAUCCCAUCGGAGGAGGAGAAGCAGAAGAUCCAGGAGGCACAGCUGGCGAAUCCUGAUGUCCCCCUGGGCAGUGCUGAACAGUUCCUUCUCACCCUCUCCUCCAUCAGUGAACUCUCUGCCAGACUCCAGCUCUGGGCUUUCAAGUUGGACUAUGAGAUAGUGGAAAAGGAAGUUGCAGAACCACUUCUAGACCUGAAGGAAGGAAUGGACCAACUGGAGCACAAUAAAACUUUGGGAUUUAUCCUUUCUACUCUACUAGCCAUUGGGAACUUUCUGAAUGGAACCAAUGCCAAAGCUUUUGAGUUGAGCUACCUCGAGAAGGUUCCAGAAGUGAAGGACACGGUGCAUAAACAGUCCCUUCUGCACCACGUCUGCACUAUGGUGGUGGAAAAGUUCCCAGACAGCACUGAUCUUUAUUCAGAGAUUGGAGCCAUCACUAGGUCAGCCAAGGUUGACUUUGAACAACUCCAGGAAAACUUGUUUCAGAUGGAAAGACGGUGCAAAGCAUCUUGGGAUCACCUUAAAGCUAUAGCAAAGCAUGAAAUGAAGCCAACUCUAAAACAAAAAAUGUCUGAGUUCCUCAAGGACUGUGCAGAAAGAAUCAUAAUUCUGAAGAUUGUUCAUAGAAGAAUAAUUAACAGGUUUCACUCGUUUUUGUUAUUUAUGGGCCAUCCUCCCUAUGCGAUACGUGAAGUCAACAUCAAUAAGUUCUGCAAAAUUAUUAGUGAAUUUGCUCUGGAAUACCGCACCACCAGGGAGCGAGUCCUGCAGCAAAAGCAGAAACGAGCUAACCACAGGGAAAGAAACAAGACCAGAGGAAAAAUGAUCACAGAUACUGAUGAAGAAGAGGACACUGAGUCUGGAAAGUUCUCCAGCACCUCACCCUCCUCCCCAGUCCAGCCCCAGGGUCUGCAGUACGCCGAGGAUGCCGCAGAGCACGAGAACAUGAAGGCUGUGCUGAAGACCUCCUCUGUCAGCGGGGAGAGCACCACAGCGCUGGGGGUUCGCACUCGCAGCCGGCUCAGCCGGGGUCGUAUCGGUUCAUGGAAUGCUGGCAAUGACGAUUCGCCUAAUGCAACUGAUGAUGCAGCAGAUGAGAUCAUGGAUCGCAUUGUAAAGUCCGCCACCCAAGUGCCAAGCCAGCGAGCGGUGCCUAGAGAGAGAAAGCGGUCACGAGCAAAUAGGAAGUCAUCAUAUCUGGGAAGUUAGGACAAAGAGAAGUCAACAACAUGAGAAGGACACUAAAGAGCGGACUGACACCAGAAGAAGCCAAAGCGUUGGGCCUCAUCAGCACCUCUGAGAUGCAGGUUUGACAUCCCAGAGGCGGCGACGAGAAGAGCCGUCCGAAACACGCGGGCUGACAACCCUUCGGUGUGGCAUUGUCGUGCCAGCCUCGUCUGCUGCUCCCAACAUCCCAUCUUCUGUUAGUUCAAUUUUAAUAAGCAACAAAAAGUGGAAACCCACAGCCAAGGCAGGAGAAGGGUAUGCCACGGCUCAGCACAGCAUCCUGACAGUAGCUAGGGAAGCACAUGAGUGCUUGUAGGUGAAAGCAUGUGGCUGCUUUUCUCGUGGUGCAUUGAUGUGGGUAGGAGGGGCCUUUCGCUGAGUUAUCCGUCAUUAUGUGAGUUGUGUUUGCGUUGGCUUUCCUUGUGCCCCGUUUUAGUCAUUGUAAAUGUAUGGCAUUUUGUCAAUGCAAUGAACAGUCCUUAAAGAAGCAAAAUAACUCCUGUUACAGCAACCCUGAUUUUCCUGAAGCUGAUUCAUUAAGCAAAGAUGCACAGUCUGUGCAACCCUGUGGUUUGUUUUAUUUUGCCACCAAAGAAUGUAAAAAUGUAUGUGUACCUUUGUAUUUGUACAGAAUGAAUGUGUGGAUAUAUGUGCGUGUAUCUAUACACAGUCAUGGUGUGAAGUCAUGCUCCUGCUGAAGCCAGCUGGACCGUGACUGUCAUGCUGGGGCCUUACCCCUCCACCAGGACAGGAGGAAAAGAAUGUCUUUUUGUAGAAACUCAAUGUUAUUCAAUGGGAUUCAUCCUGUGGGGUAGAAAAUGGGCUGCAGUACAAGCAGAGUGAGUAGGAUCCUGAAUUCAUGUGUAUUAAUACAUGCUCAUACUGUACAUAGCACCAUGGACACAGAGGAGAGGUCACAGAAUACUUCUCUCUUGAUGAGCUUUGGCUAUGCUGUCCAUUUGUACAAUUUCAGAGAAACCUGCGCCUACAAUUUACACACUUAGCAAAUACAUUCAGAUAGUAACAUCAGGAAGUUUUGUUUACUUGCCUGUGCCCUUCAUGCUGCUUUUCUCUGCUGCAAGAUAAUGUGGUGAUUUAUUUCAAAGUAAUUGAUCUGAACGUGGAAUGGCCCUGCUAAGAGCCUGCUGUGGUUUUGCUGUUCUUUACUCUUUGUUUUUUUUUUUGUGAGUUUUUUUGUGAUUAUCCUUGAUGCAAGUGGAGAGGGUACCACAGUGAACACUCCAGUAUGCUUGCCCUUAUCUCACUAUUUGAUAACGGACUUUUCGUAACUGCCCUCAGCAUGUGUAUUUGGAGAACUUUAGUCAGCUCAUCUGCCUUUAAGUGGAGGACAAACACAUCAGUGAAGAUGGAUUGAACACAAUCACCCUUGCCAGUACUGAACCAUUUUGAAGAGAACUGCAGUUAACAGUAACAUAAAAGGGAAAUUUUUAAGCCAAAGUUUGUAAAUGGCCAUCCUCAAGGAUGCACAAGAUUAUCUCUUUCCAUUGCCUUAGAUUCUAAGAUUAAGGAAAUGUGUGCCUAGCAGUAGCAGUUGAGGCUUCCUUCAAACCAGAUGGCAGGGGAACAGCAGUUUAGUCAUGGUAGCAGGAACUAAUUCUGAUUGCAAAACACACUAGAAAAGUAGGGUUAAUUAGUUUACACUGGGCUUGUAGUGUUAUAGCUGUGUUGUUUCUUGUACUCAAGUUAGGUCAAGUACAUCUGAAAGUUACUCCACUCUCUUUAAGGACAGGAUAAUCCCAAAUUGUAAGAAUUAGUGGCACCAAACAGAAUAAACCUCUGAAACCUCGAUCAUUCUUGGUGUCACACUGAAUGGAGCAAUUGGUUAGAGAAUCACCCAAUGUCCAAUUGGUUAGAGAAUCAAGUAGCUGACAGCUCUACAAGAUCUGCAGUGGAGCAUACUAUAUCCAUGCUGUCUCCAGUCUCAAUAGUAACAUUUCGGUUUUUAUUUGCUGUUGCUUUGGAUUUUCACGUGUCAAAGUCUGUAGAGUAAAGAAUCACUUGUGAGUAAAGGUUGUUAAGGGUGGCAUUGAGUUGGAUGUGAUUUUCCCCUCUGUUAAAAAGUCAGUUUUAUAUGCAAGCAGAAGGCAGCAGUUUUGUAAUUAAUAAAAUGUGUUGUGUGUUGGAAAGCUAUGAAAAGGAAGGCUAGGAAACAGAAAGAAGUGGCAUAUAACUGUCUCACUAUAAAAUAAGCAAGACCUACUAGCAUCUGGAGUUUAAAGUGGAUCUUUAUGUGCUGCUUUCUACUAUGAACUUUAGAAAUUUCUCUUGAGGAUGUUUUAAACAAAGAAAUGAAGGUAAUGGGGGUUUGUGGAGGUCUUUGAGGUCUGACAUGAGGAAGACAACUUGAAUGUAAUAGUUUUGUCGAGCUGUUAUACCUGUUUAGUGAUAAAAGAAGCCCAAAUGCAACAAAAUGUAUUUAGAUUGGCAGAGGUUCUGUAUAUGAUUGGAGAGAAUCACACAUCUUUAAAAGUCUAAAAUUUGCUCAAUGUGCAAAGUGGUUAGCUUUUUGUGACCACUUGCUAACUGGAAAUAGAUUUGUGUCAUUUAGAUUUAGCACAAUAGCUGUGCGUGAAAGAAUAAUAUUGCUCAUGAAUUAUUAAUAGUUGGACUUAGGUAUUUCCCAGAAAUAUUGAAAAAAAAUGUGCAAAAUUUCAUAUGCUUCAUAUGCAUACUGAAGGUGGCAUUAUUUCCUCUUGCAUCUGCUAGCACUUCCUGAUUUGGGGAAUAACGUUUGUUCCCCAUCAUCUAACCAGUGGAUUCCAGAUGAAAUGGAGGAAUUGGCAUUGUCUGUGUGCCUCUUUCUGUCUGAUCAUCUUGCAGCCUUCAGAGUUUGAGUUACAGCCUGUCCCUUCAACAUCCAGAGAGAUCACCAUAAGGAUACAGCAGUUGUUUUAUAGUACAUAUGAGAUGAGGAUAGGUUUUGUGACAAACAGAAAGGUCUUAGAAACCUGAUGUAGCUGUUUCUCACUUAGAGAUCCAUUAAGGCUAGUUUACAACACUUGCAACCCUAGUAACUCCCAUACUCACCUUUUAUACAGAACCAGUCAGUUGCAAAUUUAGUGCCCAGAGUUUUGAGUGUCCUCAGAGUUCUCAGGGUCGCCGAUGGUGUUCAUUUCAGCACCCAUCUGCUGUCAGUAACUUGUCUGCCUGUCUACCACCCUAAUACCUUCCUGAUUUGGAUGCCAAGUUAAACUUUAGUAUCUGAGAUGGGUGCCAGAGGGAAGCUGUCCUCACUUCCUUGUCUCCCUUAGUGCUUAAAAGCAGAAUGUACAUAAAUACUUUGUAGUCCCUCAGUCCCAACCAAGGGAUAGCUUCCAGUAGCAGUGAUGGGGCUGUGAUAAAGAAACUCCCCCAGGGAAUGCCAUGUUCCACAACUGGAAAAGAAAAAUCCCUCACAACAAUGAAAAGCAUCACUCCUCACCUUUUGGUGAGUCUAGGCACCCGCCUCAUGGAUUGCAGUUGUUUUAUAACCCAUUGCCUGCCACAUGUGACCCUCCUGCUUGAUAAACCACUACCCAUAAUCUAAAAACAAUAAUAAAAUGGUUUUUAAUGAGGGUCUUUCUUGCUCUUGUAAAUACUGGAAACAGUGUCAAAGGCAGUGUUUGAAAUAUGUUUUUUUUUUCUCUUUUGAUCUUUUAUUGCAGAUCUCUAAUUGACUCUGUCAGCAAAAUAAGGCAUCAGAUUUGUGGGUAGACAAGUCUUUGUGUUUUACUUAGUAGAAAGUUACAUGGAGUAUCUAGAUAGGCUCUCACGUCUCAGUGUAACAAAUUUGGAGUGAGAGCGUGGCUGUCAGUAGGGCCUGUUGCAAGGUGCUCCCUUCGUCCACAUGAGCAGCGGCAUUCCUUCUGUCAGGUGUCCCCUCUACACUGCUGUCCCUGGUGGCACAACAAAAACAAGUGUCCAUCCAAAAAUGCUCUUAGAGUGCUGUGCAGUGGUUGUUUUCACAACACUUUGACUUCACUCGGAUGCAGUGGGGGACAAGGAGGCAGCCCUGCAACUUCACUCCCAUUUUCCAUGCAGACAGUGGACACAUAGCCUGCCUGUAGCUCAUGGAUGAGCAGAGGACAUGGUGUCCCAGAGCUCUCAUCCUCUCUCCCUUUCUCUCCUGUGUGCUCACUGCAUGCACACUGCUCCUCUCACGGCCUUUGGGAUGGGUGUUGCGUGCGGGUGUAGACAGAGAGCGUAACCCCGAGCAGCAUUCAUAUGGCCCUGGGGUUCCAGCAUCUGGACUCCGGAAACUCUGUCUAGGCUGUAAGGGCUGUGACUAUUGAUGUUUUUCUGCAGGGAAAACUGCCAGGUACUUACAGGCUCUGAAAGAAAAUAAACUGAAGCGUUUUCAUAAGGGAAAAAUGUUUGGUUAUGGAAAACUAUUGAAUCUGAUUUGCAAACGCUUGAACAGCACGUGAGGCCAGGGCAACAGCUGGUGGAACUGGCAUCACAGAUGCAAUAGCAGGAGGUUUUUGGCGAGCAGCUUAGUAAUUCCAUAGCAAGUACGUCAAAAGGAGUUUCUGAGACAUUGUAUAGUUUUAUGUUUAUGCAAAAAAAAAAAAAAAAAAAAAAAAAGUUAUUUCUAAUUAGUCCAUUUCACAUUGAGUGGCAGAUAGAGAUAUAUUUUGUUUAAUCACUAACACAGAGGCUUCUGUGAAAGAAAAGGUUUAUUUGUAGCAUUGGGUGCAUUUCACCUUUUUAAAGACUGUCUUUGCGCGUAUAGUGUCCUUUCUGUGAGCUGGGAAUUGUAAAAAAAUGUAAAGUAGAAAAGGACGUGUUUCUUAGACGAAGGAGAAAUACUGUAAAAUUGUGUAAAUGUCACUGCUCAUGUUUUCGUGUUCUGUGUAGCAUAGUGUAAAAUAGGCUUCCCAGCAGUGUUAUUCUGUGAAUUGUAAUUUAAAAAACAAGCCAUGCAUGGUCAGAGAUAUUAUCAACAAGUCCUUCUGUUUUGUUGGGUUUUUGUUUGUUGUUUCCUCAUUUUAGGUAAAUUUGUUUUGUGUUAAAUUUAAUUGUCCGUGAAACUGCAUUUUUGUUUCUCAGUUUUAUUUCAUAAAGAACUUGAAUUACUCUUUAAUAUUUUACUACACACAAAGCUCACCUACAGUUUGUAUUCAUCGUUCAGAAGCUUUGUCACACGUAGUGUAAACCGGGAGAGUUUUCUUUUUAACGCACCCCUUGGCUGCCUCUUCUCUUCACACUCUUUUCUCUUUACUGUCUGGAAAGAUGCAAUCACACUUUUUUUUUCUUUCUUUCUUUUUUUUCUUUUUUUUUUUUUCUGUGCCAUGCAGGGUCAAUUUGGAAAACUGACCACAGACCUGUGUCCAAAAUUUCUUGAUAUAAGUAGUUGAAGAGCUCACUUCUACAGCAUUAUGUAAACACAUCAUGCAAUAAAGCUUUGUAAA